AUGAAGAAUAGUACUCAACCUCAAUCAUCAUUCAAGAAACUAUGCAGGAAACUCUCACCGGAGAGGAAAGAUUCAUCAUCACAGAGACAACAUGAUAACAAUGGUGAGGACAAGAACAGAGACUUAGAGGCUGUUUUUGCUUACAUGGACGCAAACAGAGACGGUAGAAUCUCUCCUGUUGAGCUUAAAAAGAGUUUUGAGACGUUGGGAGAGCAACUCUCUGAUGAAGAAGCCGAAGCUGCGGUUAGAUUGUCUGAUACGGACGGAGAUGGGAUGUUGGAUUUUCAAGAAUUUUCUCAGCUGAUCAAAGGAGAUGAGAAGUUUACAGAGGAAGAGAAGAAGGUGGAGCUCAAGGAAGCGUUUAGAAUGUAUAUAGAUGAAGGUGAAGAGUGUAUAACCCCGAGAAGCUUGAAGAUGAUGCUGAAGAAGCUUGGUGAGUCAAGAACCACUGAUGAUUGCAAAGUUAUGAUUCAAGCUUUUGAUCUCAAUGCUGAUGGAGUUUUAAGCUUUGAUGAGUUUGCGCUUAUGAUGCGCUAA